AUGGCCUCAUCCAUCAACCUGCCAACUCCAGAUGACACUCUCCACGUGGAAGAGCAAAGCUCCAUCGCCAAAAGAGAUCUUGGAUGGAAACUAGCUCGUGCUAUGCUAUUUGAUCAUAUGAGUAACAACACCAUCCUGGUUAAUCGCAUCCAUGAGGACCUCGAUGCUAUCACCACCUACCCUACAAUCAUGGACACGGUAAUCCUCACCGCCGACUCGGGUUACGCUCCCUUCAAAGGUUGUUUCGACGUACAGAGUCUUAAGACACCCAACCUGACCAAUUCCACCAAUUCUAUCACGAGGAAAGAAGAAGUGGGCACAUUGCCCUUGGUGGCACAGCAUUUGCUAUUUGAUACGAGAAUCAAAGGUAUCCUACCCAUGCUCGACGAGCGUGGUCUGUGGUACAAGAUGACCUUCGAGGAAUUCCACUCUCAUUCCUUCCUCGUCCUCGCACGCGCAUUCGUCAUUGCUGGCUCUGACUUGUUAUGGAAAUAUGUAUUCCUCCGGCUGGCCUCAGUACAAAUUCAAUGCCGAGAUGGCCUGGAAAUGCGACUUGAGUUGCAUGAGCCCUAA